AACCACGCGAUAACGGAAACGAUAUCUAAUCGAAGAAUGCGAAGACAGAGGGAGACGGGCAGAGAGAGAGAUUCGCAACGUUCCCUCUCGUGAACGAUGGAAGGGAAUCGCCUCCACCCGCUCCUCUUCGCAGUGCUCGUGUGCAUCCUCGGGAUCGCAUCGGCCAAAGUCUUCAACUGCGUGGAGGAACAAACGUGUACGAACAGCGCCACCCUAAGUCAUUGCUACGACCCGUCCGAGCCUUGUGAGGGGAAGAUCAUCAAGAAUGGAAGCAUCCCCUGCGGAUGCUGCGAUCUCUGCAUCGAGUAUCUCGAGGAAGGCGAGAGGUGCGAAACCGAGCCCAGUAAUUUUCCGAAAGAAAUGUGCGGACCCCGCCUGGAAUGCCGCGGCUACUCGAGCUCGAAUGAUGAUCCUACUUGCGGGAAAAUGAACACCCCUUGCGUCCAGCGGCAGGUGGUGUACGAAGAAGGGUCACAGAACACGACGUUCCGACCCGAAUGCGACGACUACGGCUCCUACGCGGCGAAGCAAUGUCUCUUGGGAUCCUUGUGCUAUUGCGUGGACAAGGACGGAAUCCGGAUCCCCGGCGAGGCGGCCGAGGCGGAACAGAUGAAUAAAAUGAACUGCGAGUGCAGCCGAGCCGUGGACUACAUCAAGAAAACGUAUCCCGGAGCGAAGAAUCUGCCCCGAUGCCUCGCCAACGGCAACUACGACACCUUGCAGUGCUACGACGACGUUUGUUAUUGCAUCAGAGAAGACCUGACUCCCUCCGACACGAUCUUUGCGUCGCCCGACUUCAUCGACCAACUGCCUUGCUACAACAAGAGCGUCCACCCGCCGUCCGCCAAGCACGAGUGCAUCAGGGAAGUGGAAGAAGCCAUGCUCCUGCUGGAGGAAAUGCAAGACGAGGCGGAUGUGAUCGUCGGAUAUGUCUUUCCUUCCUGCGGGCCCGAUGGCAAAUACAAUCCCGUGCAGAGGAGAGGCUCCUGGGGAAUAUGCGUGACGCCGGAAGGGCACCAGAUCGGGUCGUACGAGGCACUCGAGGGCAGCCUCGGCUUCGAACAGAUGAAUUGCUAUUGCGCCCGUGCGGAGUACUGGGCUAACACGGUCGGGGGAUGGUUGAGGCCUCGCUGUUGUCCGAAUGGGAAUUUUUACCCGUGGCAAUGCACCGGCCCCACCUGCACUUGCAUGAAUGCCCAGGGAGAAACCUGGGGAACCGUGGAAGAGGUCGACUUAAUCAUGAAUCUGGCUUGCUACACCGAAACGCCUUGCCCCGACAUCGUCUGAACUUCGAACCGGCUUUUAUCUGUGUCCAUGCCGUAUUCGCAGCGAAAAAGAAGCUCUUUUCCUCUGCAAGGAGCAUGUCCUUCUUGUCCUUCAAUUAUAUCACACAGUACCGUGCAGUCAAUUUCCAUGCUUGCCGAAAUAAAUUUCUCUCUUAGCCCA